AUUUAUUCCUAUUCCACACCCUAACGAUAUCGUUCCGAUCAGCGCCACCAUGUCUCCACCAGCGUCGGCGGCGACAGCCAGUGAGAGCAGCACCACCACUGUUUUUGAAGAGGACGCCAGGGAAGAGCAAAGGCCCCUGAAGCAGUCCCUGAGCAAGUCCCUCUGCCGGGAGAGUUUCUGGAAGUGCCUGCUGCUCUCCCUCCUCAUGUACGGCUGCAUGGGCGCCAUGGUGUGGUGUCACGUGACCAAGGUGACCCGCCUCACCUUUGACAGUGCCUUCAAAGGGAAGUCCAUGAUGUACCACGACAGCCCCUGCUCCGACGGCUAUAUUUACAUCCCCCUGGCCCUGCUGGGCAUGCUCUACGUGGUCUACCUGGUGGAGUGCUGGCACUGCCACGUCAAGAACGAGCUUCAGCACAAGGUGGACGUGGAGGGGAUCUACGAGCGCGUCCAGCGGAUGCAGCAGGCCAAGCCCUGCAUCUGGUGGAAGGCCAUCAGCUACCACUACGUGAGGCGCACCCGGCAGGUCACGCGCUACCGCAACGGCGACGCCUACACCAGCACGCAGGUGUACCACGAGCGGGUCAACACGCACGUGGCCGAGGCCGAGUUCGACUACAGCCACUGCGGGGUGAAGGACGUCUCCAAGCAGCUGCUGAGCCUGGAGAAGGCGGCCAUCACCAAGCUGCGCUUCACCAAGUGCUUCAGCUUCGCCAACGUGGAGUCUGAGAACUCGUACCUCACCCAGCGGGCGCGGUUUUUCACGGACAACGAGGGCCUGGACGACUACAUGGAGGCCCGCGAGGGCAUGCACCUGAAGAACAUCGACCUGAAGGAGUACGUGCUGGUGCUGGCCGACCCCGACCACCACCCCUGGUACCUGUCCCACGUCGUCUUCUGGCUCACCGCCUUCCUCACCCUCUCCUGGCCGCUGCGGGUCUUCACGGAGUACCGCACCGCCUACGUCCACUACCGCGUGGAGAAGCUGUUCGGGCCCGACUACCCGGCGGUGACGCCGAGCGACGAGCGGUCCUUCCCGCGCCGCAUCCCCCGCGUCAACACCAUCGACAGCACCGAGCUGGAGUGGCACAUCCGCUCCAACCAGCAGCUGGUGCCCAGCUACUCGGAGGCCGGCCUCAUGGACCUGGCCCAGGGCCCCUCCGGCUUCGGCGGCUACAGGCAGAACUGCGAGCGCUGCCACCGGGCCAUCAGCUGCUCCUCCGUCUUCUCCCGGAGCGCCUUGAGCAUCUGCACCGGGGCCAGCGCCCGCAUCCCCUUCAGCGGGAGCCGCUUCUCCCUGUCGAGGCGCUACGGCUCGCGCGGCAGCUGCUUCUGGCGGAGCGGCAGCCUGGACGACCAGGAGAGCCCCGGCGAGAACACCCGCUGCCUGUCGGAGCGGCAGACCACCGACGACGAGGACCCGCCCGACUACCAGGACGCCCUCUGCUUCCCCGUGCUCAUCGUCCACUGCAGCGAGAACUGCCACGACCACCGGUCGUUCCACCGGAACGGCUCCUGCGUGGAGACCUCGCUAUGA